GAUCGCAGCUAGCUGUUACAGUGGAACAACAGCCGCGCCGCCUCUGCUCUGCUCGCAUUAAUUAAACGCGUUUAAAACCAUUUGCAGGCAGUUUGCACAGCUUUUAUCGCACAACCGCAACACACAGAUAAAAUGGCUGCAUCGAUGAGAGCGCUGCUGAAAGUGCGAGAUGGCUUCGUGGCCGGCGUGCGGUGCAAUUCGCAGUACAACAAGACGCGAGGCAACCUGAAGCUGACGGGCGACUCGAAGGUGAUCUGUCAGGGCUUCACCGGCAAGCAGGGUACCUUCCACAGCCAGCAGGCUCUGGAGUAUGGCACCAAGCUCGUUGGCGGAAUUUCGCCCAAGAAGGGCGGCACCCAGCAUCUGGGUCUGCCCGUGUUCGCAUCGGUCGCCGAGGCCAAGAAGGCAACGGAUCCACAUGCCACUGUCAUCUAUGUGCCCCCACCCGGCGCCGCAGCUGCCAUUAUCGAAGCUCUCGAAGCUGAGAUUCCACUCAUUGUCUGCAUCACGGAGGGUGUGCCACAGCAUGAUAUGGUCAAGGUCAAGCAUGCCCUGAUCAGCCAGAGCAAGUCCCGUCUCGUGGGACCCAACUGCCCGGGCAUCAUUGCGCCCGAACAGUGCAAGAUUGGCAUCAUGCCGGGUCACAUACACAAGCGCGGCAAGAUCGGUGUUGUCUCCCGCUCGGGCACCUUGACCUACGAGGCCGUGCACCAAACCACCGAAGUGGGUCUCGGCCAGACCCUCUGCGUUGGCAUUGGCGGUGAUCCGUUCAACGGCACCGACUUUAUCGACUGCCUGGAGGUCUUCCUCAAGGAUCCCGACACCAAGGGCAUCAUUCUGAUCGGUGAGAUCGGUGGUGUGGCCGAGGAGAAGGCUGCCGAUUAUCUCACGGAGUUCAAUACGGGUAUCAAGGCCAAGCCUGUGGUCUCGUUCAUUGCUGGCGUUUCGGCGCCACCCGGCCGUCGUAUGGGCCAUGCCGGUGCAAUCAUCUCUGGGGGCAAGGGCGGUGCCAACGAUAAGAUCGCCGCCCUGGAGAAGGCCGGCGUCAUUGUGACCAGGAGUCCAGCCAAAAUGGGCCAUGAGCUCUUCAAGGAGAUGAAGCGAUUGGAGCUAGUUUAGAUAAGCCAUUAAACAACAACAAUAACUAAAACAUUGAACAAAUCGUGUGACGAAAGCCGAACGUACCAACAGUACGCUACUCAUCCGGAGAGGAGAUCUAUGAAAUGAAGGAAUUACCCACUUAAAAUUAAGCAUAAAGAGUUGUCUGCCCGCUGCCAGUACGCGGCAAGCCGUAACUAAAAUGAAUUGUGUCGAAAUCGAAAAGAAUCAUAAAUAAAUUAUUGUAAAAUUCCGCUAAAGUAAAGCAAAAACCAGAAAGAGGAAAAUGUUGCGCUGAGAAAUGUAUUCCAAGCAUUAUGUUAACUACUGCCGUACCACCAAGUUGAACUAAAUACAUCCAUUAAUAGCUAAAA